AUGACGGACCGCGAGGUGCUCCCCGACAAUGUGAAGCCCACUCACUACGUCGUCUCUCUCAGGGACCUCGAAUUUGACACGUGGACCUACAAGGGUACUGUCACAAUCGACGCUCAGAUCAACAAGCCUACCAGGGACAUCGUCCUCAACACUCUCGAGAUCAAGCUCCUCGACGCCAAGGUCACCUCCGGCAACGUCUACUCCUCCAAGAACUUCUCCUAUGACGAGAAGGCCCAGCGCGCCACCAUCGCCUUUGACCAGGAGAUCCCCGUCGCCGACAAGGCCACCGUCACCGUCGAGUUUGAGGGCAUCAUGAACGGAGACAUGGCCGGCUUCUACCGCAGCAAGUACAAGCCCGUCGAGACCCCCGCCAAGUCGGUGCCCCGCGACGGCGAGUGGCAUUACAUGCUCAGCACCCAGUUCGAGUCGUGCGAUGCCCGCCGUGCCUUCCCCUGCUUCGACGAGCCCAACCUCAAGGCCACCUUUGACUUCGAGAUCGAGGUCCCCGCCGACCAGGUCGCCCUCAGCAACAUGCCCGUCAAGGAGGUCAAGCCUACCAAGGAUGGCUGGAACCUGGUCUCCUUCGAGACGUCCCCCGUCAUGAGCACCUACCUUCUGGCCUGGGCCGUCGGUGACUUCGAGUAUGUCGAGGCCUACACCGACCGCGAGUACAACGGCAGCCCCAUCCCCGUCCGCGUCUACACCACCCGCGGCCUCAAGGAGCAGGGUCGCUGGGCUCUCGAGCACGCCCCCAAGAUCAUCGACUUCUUCUCCGAGAUCUUCGAGAUCGACUACCCCCUGCCCAAGUCAGACCUGCUGGCCGUCCACGAGUUCACCCACGGCGCCAUGGAGAACUGGGGUCUCGUCACCUACCGCACCACCCAGGUCCUCUACGACGAGAAGACGUCGGAUGCCCGGUUCAAGAACGCCGUCGCCUACGUCGUCGCCCACGAGCUGGCCCACCAGUGGUUCGGCAACCUCGUCACCAUGGACUGGUGGGACGAGCUCUGGCUGAACGAGGGCUUCGCCACCUGGGUCGGAUGGUACGCCGUCGACCACCUGCACCCCGACUGGCAGGUCUGGGCCCAGUUCGUCAACGAGGGCAUGGAGGGCGCCUUCCGCCUCGACGGCAUCCGCGCCAGCCACCCCAUCCACGUGCCCGUCCGCGACGCCCUCGACGUCAACCAGAUCUUCGACUCCAUCAGCUACCUCAAGGGAUGCUCCGCCAUCCGCAUGCUGGCCAACCACCUCGGCGUCGACACCUUCCUCAAGGGCGUCGCCAGCUACCUCCGGGCCAACGCCUACGGCAACGCCAAGACCCAGGCCCUCUGGGAUGCCCUCAGCGAGGCCUCGGGCAAGCCCGUCGACAGGAUCAUGCACCCCUGGAUCUCCAGGAUCGGCCACCCCGUCCUCACCGUCGAGGAGAGGCCCGGCGAGAUCUCGGUCAGGCAGUCGCGCUUCCUGUCCACCGGCGACGUCGGGCCCGAGGACGACACCACCACCUGGUGGGUGCCUCUGGGCCUCGAGGGCAAGAAGGGCGAGGCCGGCGUCGCCUCGGUCUCGCUCGAGAAGAAGGAGGACACCAUCACCGGCAUCGACGACGACUUCUACAAGCUCAACAGCGGCGCCACCGGCUUCUACCGCGUCAACUACCCGGCCUCGAGGCUGGCCAGGCUGAGCACCCAGCUCGACCGCCUGUCCACCGAGGACAAGAUCUCCAUCAUCGGCUCCGCCGCCGACCUCGCCUUCGCCGGCGACGGCAACACGGCCUCGCUCCUCACCUUCCUCCAGGGCUUCUCCCAAGAGCAGCACCCCCUGGUCUGGAGCCAGAUCCUCGACACCGUCGCCCAGGUCAAGUCGGUCUUUGGCGAGGACCCCGAGAUCAAGCAGGGUCUCGACAAGUUCGUCCUCAAGCUCAUUGACCGCAAGGUCAGGGAGGUUGGCUGGGACUUCCCCGAGGGCGAGGACUACCUGGUUGGCAUCCUGCGCAAGUCCCUGAUCGGAUCCGCCGUUGCCAGCGAUCACCCCGAAGUCACCCGGGAAGCCCUCGGCCGCUUCGACGCCUGGGCCGAGGACCAGGAAGCCAACCCCAUCCACCCGUCCCUCCGCUCGUCGGUGUGGCGCGCCGGCAUCCAGAAGGACGCGGCGCGUGCCGUGCAGAUCCUCAAGAGGGAGUGGGCCGAGACCAAGUCGAUCGACGGCAAGCUCUUCUGCCUGAGCGUCCUCGGCCUCGUCAAGGACGCCGAGAUCCUCAGCGAGUCCAUCAUACCCUUCAACUUCAACACGUCGCCUCCCUCGAACGCCGUGCCCAGCGCCGACAUGCACGUGCUGAGCGGGUCGCUGUCGGCCAACGUGGUGGGCCGCCCGCUGCAGUGGGCGUUCAUCCAGGCCAACUGGGAUGCCAUCGUGGCCAAGAUCAGCAACCCCAUCGUCGUCGACCGCUUCGUCAACGUCAGCCUGAGCCGCUUCACCGACGAGGCCGUCAUCGCCGACAUCGACGCCUUCUUCGAGGACAAGGACACGAGCGGCUUCGACCGCACCCUGCGGACCGUGCGCGACAAGAUUCGCGGACGUGCCGCCUACAAGGGCCGUGACUCUGCUCUGCUCAGGGAGUGGCUGGGUACCAACGGCUACGUUUGA